CGCACUUGUUUUGGUAACAUGGCCGACAAAUUUUCUAACCUGCACUUUCUCAUAUUUCACAACAAUGAUGAUUCAGCAUUGAAAAAUCAUAGAGAAAACCAGGAGACAUAAAUUCUAUUUAUCUUUUAUUGAAUCCGAUAAUAACUGGAAAACAUGUCAGGUAUUUUUGAAGUUGCUGACUCUUAUGAUAAUGGAAUGUCAGAUACCCUACCCCCUAUUGACUCUCAUCGGGUACAUGUACCAGGGUCACUUAGUGAUUUUGAUAUAGGGGAUUUAGACUCAACUCAGAAUAUGUAUGAGAAAUAUUUCAAUAGCUCACCUCAUUCUUUGUCUGGUAAUGAAAGAGAGUUUGAUAAUGUAGAUGCAGAAGAAGCAAUCAAAUUGUUGCGGAAACCAUUUCAGAUUUUAAAUCCAGGUCACCAUGUUGGUCGUCGCCAUUCUGAACAUGGUAACAUUAGUUUUCUGCAUUGCCGACAUGUCUUGGGCAUUGGUAAACAAUAUUUGGAGUUGCGCAAGAUCCUUGAAGAAAGAGCAAGACUUGAAUUCUUACGUGAUUGUUUGUUUAGAAUAAAAUCUGUUUCGACUUUUGUUAAAGAUUUAGAGAAUUUAGUCCAGCUUGAAUACAGAACAUUGUAUGGAAUAACACACAACUGUCUGACUGAAGCUCCAAUGAGUAAAUUAUAUUGUUUGAAUGGUCUUUGUGAGGAUUUACGUGUCCAUGUUGGACACUGGAAUACCAUUAAACAACGUCUACACACAAGCAAAUGGCUUUUACCAAUUUUGGGUCGCCUCUAUAUCGACGUUGAACAUAUCAGAGAAAAACUAUUCCAAUUGUACAACAAUGCCAUCUACUGGAUGGAGAAGCUAAUAAUGAUUGGCUUAAAAGUCUUUGCCCAUGGUUCAUAUUCUAAUUUGACCCAUGAGAUCUUGUGGAAUGUAACAAGGGGACUUGAAGAUUUCAACAAUAUUUUGAACGGGCUGCCAAAAGCUCGUGGGAAGACAUACUUCAUAAGAGAACUUAUUAGUAAACAGGAAAAAAUAUUAACUCCAAGUGCAGCUCUAUCCAACCUCUCACGCCAUGCUGGUAUCAGUGUCAAGGCCAUACCUUUUAUCAAUGUCAUGAACAUUUUGGCGAGUGAGAGAGCCAGAUAUGCAGCUCAUCAGACACACAGAUUCUUCACAGCCAAUGACGAUUUCAUGAGAAUCUUGUUUUCAGGUAAACUUCCUUUGUAUGUUUGGAAUGAUGAGGUACAGAGACGUCCCAUGUCCGCAAUACCAGGACUGGACACAUCUGAUUAUCACACGGCCACAGGAAGUACGACCAGUAUAAGUGGUGCUGUUUUAAAAGUAGGUUCAAUCAAGGCACCUGAUCUGUCUUCUGAACCUCCUCCGUUAUCAACAUUCUCUCAAAAUGAACAAACUUUUGCUGAGGCAUUUCUUCAAAUAGUUUGUCAUUCUACACACAUAUUACGUAAAAGUGAGAGUCAUUCUAAAACAAGGCACAAAACCAGUCGCACAAUAAGCAAAGCCGAUUCUGAAAGACCACCCAAAGGUCCCGAUACACCAGUGUUAUCAAGAACAGAUUCUAAACGGAAGACAGUCUCUUGGGGUGAUAGUGCAGACAGUACCAUAAAAGAUCAACUAGUCAAAAAAUAUUUGGAUGUUUUAUGGAAAGAAUUUGGCAAUGCUUUAGAGUUGUGUUUCUAUGAACAUGAUUGGGGAGCAAGAGAACAAGGACAUGAUUAUUUUAGUCUUGGAAGCAUUGUCAUUUGUAAUACCACAUUAAUAGCCAUUGUUAGAAGUAUGAUGGAAAAUGCUGGCUUAAAAGAUUUAUUUCCACCAAGCUCUGUACCUUCACUAUUAGCAACAGCACGGAAACUUCAUGUUAUAUCAGCUUUAUCUUCAUGGGAUUCAUGUCUGUGUGAAGCCUUAGGAAACAGACUAUCAGACAAAUGUUACCCCUGCCCCCUGGCCUCAGGAGACUACAGUACAAGGACAGGGAUGUUAUUAAGAGACACAUAUCAACCUUUGUUUAGUAUACUACAAGAAAAUAUGAAAGAUCUAUCAGAGUCAGGGAGAGAUUCCAGUGUUCUAGUACCAAAACAGGACCUAGAUUUGUGUCAUGUGACCAGUGUAAUCUGUCGUCUGCUGGCCAAUUGUCACAUGUCACACAUGUGGUGUUUGCAGAAAGCGAAUACCUUUUUGUCUAGCUGGGCAGUAGGCAACUUCUUGUUGAUCUCACAGACUGAUCUGAAGGUUUUAGCUGAGGAAACCAAGAAGUCACUUUAUCAGGCCCAUACAUUUAGUGGAAAAAAUAUAAGUCGUCAUAAACUCUGGGAACAACAGAUGAUUUCAUACCUAAGUGAUGUCACUAAACAGUUGGCUGAAACAAAUGAACAGAUGCAGAACCUGAGUGCAACAUCCAUGACCUUAUUUGGAGAUAACUGUAAGAAUAUGGCAAAAGAGUAUUUCCAGAAAUCAAUGCCUCUGGGUAAAGGAUGGAGGAAAAAAGGAACAGAGGUACCCAAAGAACACAGUGUGUACAUUGAGCUAGCAUUGGAGACAAUAUUAGAACCAGUAGUUGAUGGUGUCAGUAAAUUGAAAUUGACAUCACAACUUCAUGCAAUGUCUAUGGCAGUAUCAGCAGUCUGUGAAGCGUGGAAAAACUUCAUUCUAAAAGAGAAAAUCAAAUUUAGUUAUCUUGGUGCCUGUCAAUUAGAACAAGACUAUAGCUUUACCAGAACCUGGCUGAGUGAUAACAUUGUUAAUGAUGAUGUCAGACAAACUGUGUUAGAACUGAAUGUGUUAAAAUGUUUACAUGGUGGUAUAUUGUUACUGAAGAAACAACCAAUCAGAAGGAGCAGUGGCAGGUUUAGAGAAUGCUCAAUGGAUGAUCUUAGUUGCCCAGGAAGUAAUAGUACUAGUCCAUUAGAACGCCAUGCGUCGUCUGUUGAAUAUGAGACAAACCAAGAUGAGUCAGACAUUCAGUAUGUUGGUAACAUUGAUGAUUGGUUAUCUCUGAGAGUACAGGGAGGAGCUAAAACCUGGAAACUGCCUUUUUGUUUAAAUCCUCCUCCAGCAGAGUGAAGGCUUUAGUUAUACAGAGAAGUUGAUCAUGGCUAUGGGAAUGUACCCUUUGAACGAGAAGAGGAAACAGAUUUAAUUUAAUUUAAGAAAACAUGGGGUAUAAAUUGUAUGCCAAAAAUGUGGUAUGCAUUGUUACAUAAUUAUAAACACAAAGAUGUGGUAUAAAUGUAUUAAAGAAAAGCAUAUUAGGUUCUACUUGAUAAGAAAAUACAUAUGGUACAAUAAGAGUUUAAAUAUUUUCAUAAUAAUCAAACCAGACAUUGUUUAUAUGAAACAUAUCACCUUUUGUGUAUUUUGUUUUUGAAUUAACCAUUUUUAAUGUGAAAUUGUUUGAAGCUAAUCCAAACUAUUUGAGGUAAAGAUUGUUCUGUUAUCUACUAUUUUAACUGCCAGGCACCUUUUUUAUCAGUCAGUUAUUUAUUUUUUUGUUAGUUUGAUAUAUACAUGGUUUAUUGCUUGCACAAUAAUAAUGAUUUUUUAACAGGCUAUUUUUUCUUAGUUAAAACCCAUAUCAUAUCACUUUAUUUUGAUAAGACAACAAAUUUUU